GUAAUCAACCCAACAUGGCAGCUCCUGCGAAAACGGGAAGCUGAGAAGAACUUUCCAUCCUAACAACUCUUUUGUGUCGAGAAUACAAGUUUAGUAACGCCAACCUUGUCUUUCUGCCAUUUGAAAUUUGCUCCGAAUCGAUGCUUUUCACGACAUCGUUGCACGUGUAUCCUUGUCAAGCGGACACUGAUCAACAUCAUUAGCCAGCCAUGUCAUCCAUGAAAGACAAUACAGAUGUUGCCUGUUAUUUCAUCACAAAGCACUCUUGGAAAGGAAAAUACAAGAGAAUAUUUUCUGUUGGGACACAUGGAAUCACAACCUACAAUCCGAACACAUAUGAGGUUACAAAUCAGUGGCCCUACAGUGAGUUCAUCAGUAUUGUACCAAAUGUGCGAGGACCCACCAACACAGAGUUCAUUAUAACAAUGAAGAAAGGUGUGAAGAAAACAGAUACAAUGAAGUUUUCUACAGAUCACAGAGCAGAUCUUCUCACCGAGGCACUAAGAUUCAGAAAUCAGUUUGCAGAUGAAAACCAAAAGAUUAAGAGAUUCAAUGCCUUUAAGCACCAUUGGUCUGAUGUUCAAGUACCUGUCAUCUUGGAGGUGAACCAGGGAUCACUUGAUCAGAUCCACCCAGCCACAAACCAAGUCCUGGCAUCAUAUGAUUAUAACAACAUUGAAGGACUAGCUCAGGUGUCGGAUGUUCCCGGGGGUGUAGCUGUCAUAUAUGGUGGAUUCAGCAGGCUGCAUCUAUUUGCACUGGAACAAAAAGAUGAACUCAUGAAAUGUGUGUCGGAGGCUGGAGCUACUUGUGUGGGCGUGGCCAUAAAACAGAGAAAGGAACCAAUAACGUUUGAACAGUUUCAGCUGAACAGACUAGGAAAAUACAGCACUGAUGAAGCUCUCACAUCAUACACAGAAUUUACUGUGCAAAAGCUAUCUCCUCGCCACAUGGACUCAGUCAGGCGUACCUUGUGUCUCACAGAAACAUGUUUUGUUGAGAGGGACCCAGCAACAUACAAUGUUGUCACCUGUAAACCACUGUGUGAUAUUUUUGCAAUUGUUCGUGACCAAGAGAAUCCACAGAAAUUUUCUGUGGAGUAUGUGAAAGGUGCAAUAAGAAACUAUCUGUCAACAGAUCGAGAUGCACUGAUUGCAUCUUUACUUGAUGGUGUUCGUGCGUCUGGCAACAGAGAUGUCUGUGUGAAGAUGACCCAUACCGACAGGGGCUUUCGGGCUGGUGAGUGUACAUUUGUGUUUCUAGGCCCCUUCACUGUGCCAGUAGAUGAGGAGGUGGAGUCCCAGCACAUGAAGCACAUCCAGUCACCACCAGUUGGGAUGACAUAUGAGGAGGCUGUGGCUCGCUUCAAUGCCAACAUCUCCUACAGUGGACUGCUGCAUGCGGUGACACAAGAUGGUCUGUUUGCUCAAAACAAGGAGAAGCUCAUCAAUGUUACACUUUCCAAGCUGCUCGAAAGGGAAGGAGAACAAUCAAUUGUCCCUGCCCUCGCUUUGGAGGCUCAGUUUCAUGCCCUACGCAGACUCGUUGCUUCAAAAGCAGGAUUUGUGGCCUUCACAGCACUGCCAGGGAUGAGGGAGAAAGUUGGUCUGAAGAUAGUGAAAGCUCUAAAGAGGAAUGACAAUGGAGUUACUCAUGCCGCACUGGACAUGUUGUGUGCUCUCAUGCAGCCAAUGCAUGACAACUAUGAUUUGCGACAAGAGCAGCUUAACAAGAAAGCAUUGCUGUCCUCAAGGAAGUUUCUCCAGGAGCUCCUAGAGCUCUUUAACCAACAUGUGGUCCACAGCACUGGAGCCCUUGUGAUAUCAGCCAUGCUAGACUUCCUCACCUUUGCACUCUGUGCACCAUACAGCGAGACUACAGAUGGUGGCCAUUUUGAUGUCCUUUUGGAGAUGGUUGCAGCUAAUGGCAGAAUUGUCUUUAAACUGUUCCAGCAUCCAUCCAUGGCAAUUGUCAAGGGAGCAGGAAUGGUCAUGAAAGCAAUCAUUGAGGAAGGAGAUGCUGAAAUAGCUGCCAAGAUGCAGGAUCUUGCUUUGGCUGAGGGGGCCUUGCCAAAACACCUUCACUCUGCCAUGUUCACACAAAGUGCAGACAACAGAAUGCUGACCAACAGGCAGCUGAGUCGUCAUCUGGUGGGCUUGUGGGUCACAGGACAUCCUACUGCAAUGGGACUGCUCAGAAGAAUACUGCCCAGUGGAUUGCUCGCUUUCCUUGAUUCUGCUGAUGAUAUUCCUGUGAAUGAAGAAGACAAGCUUCAUGUACGAGAUAAUGUCAAGCUAGCCUUGGACCAUCAAAACAAGAAUAAAAAGAACCCACAGCUUCAAUUCUUAGAGAAAAGAAUUGAUGGAUUUCUUCAGCACUGGAGGUCUCGGAUUGGACUUGAAACAAAGCAGCAAAAUGAUCGACCCAUAGUUUUACGCAACCGUCGUCAGCGCAUCAAAAGUGAGGCCAACUGGACGUUGUUUUACUACCAUUUCAACAGAGACCAUGCAAAACCAAAUCUCCUGUGGAAUUACAAGACGAGGGAAGAAUUGAGAGAGUCCUUGGAGAAUGAAAUGAGAGCCUUCAAUGUGGACAAGGAGCUUGGAGCCAACUGUAUAGUGGGUUGGAACCAUGCAGAGUUUGAGGUGCCUUACCAUUGUCUAUCUGAGGAAAUCAAAAUAGGCGACUACUACCUUCGUCUUCUCCUCGAGGAAGAGGAAGACGAAAGUGAAGAAACAAAUGCAAUCAAAAAGUCGUACGAAUUCUUCAACGAUUUGUAUCACAGGUUCUUGCUUACACCCAAAACCAGCAUGAAAUGUAUGUGUUUACAAGCUAUGACCAUUGUGUAUGGUCGAUGUUAUGAAGAGAUUGGUGCAUUCAAUGAUACCCGAUACAUUGUGGGAAUGCUUGAAAGGUGCACAGAUCGUUUGGAAAGAGACCGUUUGAUUCUAUUUUUGAACAAACUCAUUCUGCAUCAGAAAAAUGUGAAAGAAAUAAUGGAUUCCAAUGGCAUCAAGGUUGUUGUGGACCUUCUUACCCUUGCUCACCUACACACUUCAAGAGCCACAGUGCCCCUCCAGAGUAAUGUGAUCGAGGCCUCGCCUGACAUGAGACAUGACAGUGAGAAGGAGUGGUACUUUGGAAAUGCUGACAAGGAAAGACUGGGGCCAUACAGUUUUGUUGAGAUGAAACAGUUUUGGGCUGAAGGAACUAUUCAUGCCAAGACACGCUGCUGGGCACAAGGAAUGGAUGGAUGGCGACCAUUGCAAUCAGUGUCACAGCUAAAGUGGACAUUGCUGGCAUCUGGUCAAGCUGUCAUGAAUGAAAGUGACCUUGCCACUCUCAUACUCAACAUGUUGAUCAAAAUGGCUGCCUACUACCCUAGCAGAGAUUGUGAUGGUGCUAUUGUUCGUCCACUUCCAAGAGUCAAGAGGAUUCUUUCUGAAGCAACCUGUCUCCCACAUAUUGUACAGCUCCUUCUGACGUUUGAUCCUGUGUUGGUGGAGAAGGUGGCAACACUUCUGUUCGAGAUCAUGCAGGACAACCCAAAUAUCUCCAGACUUUACCUUACUGGAGUCUUCUUCUUCAUACUCAUGUACACUGGUUCCAAUGUCCUGCCCAUCUCUCGCUUCCUUAAAUACACACACCUCAAACAGGCUUUCAGAUCCGAUGAGAACAAGACGUCAGACAUAAUGCUUCAAAGUAUAUGUGGUCAUAUAGUACCUGAAGCAAUGGUGUGCUACCUAGAAAACUAUUCUGCUGAGAAGUUUUCUGAGAUCUUCCUUGGAGAAUUUGACACACCAGAGGCUAUCUGGAACAGUGAAAUGAGACGGCUAAUGAUUGAGAAGAUAGCAUCUCACCUGGCUGACUUCUCUCCACGCCUGCAGAGCAACACUCGGGCCCUGUACCAGUACUGUCCCAUCCCAGUUAUCAACUUCCCACAGUUAGAGAAUGAGCUGUUUUGUAACAUCUACUACCUCAAACACCUGUGUGAUACAGUCAGGUUCCCAGACUGGCCUAUCAAAGACCCGGUUCGACUCCUGAAGAAUAUUUUGGAUGCAUGGAAGAAAGAGGUUGAGAAGAAACCACCCACGAUGUCAAAUGAUGAAGCUUAUGACGUUCUUAAUCUUCAGAAGGGAGUUGGAGGACAUGAUGAAGCUAAAAUCAGAAAGGCCUACUUCAAGUUAGCCCAAAAGUACCAUCCAGAUAAAAAUCCAGAGGGACGAGAUGUCUUUGAACAAGUGAACAAAGCUUACGAAUUCUUGUGUAGUAAAUCUAAAGUGAAAGAAGGACCUGACCCUCAGAACAUAGUGCUGAUACUCAAGGCCCAGUCCAUCCUCUUCAGCAGGUACAAAGAAGAUCUUGAACCUUACAAGUAUGCUGGCUACCCAAUGCUCAUCAAGACAAUCAAGAUGGAGACAUCAGAUGAUCAGUUGUUUUCCAAGUCGGCACCACUCCUAGCAGCAGCUAGUGAGCUGGCAUACCACACAGUCAAUUGUUCAGCACUAAAUGCUGAGGAGCUCAGGAGGGAAAAUGGAAUUCAGGUGCUACAAGAAGCAUUUGCACGUUGUGUGAAUGUCCUCUCACAGUCCAGCAAGGCUGAUGACACAGCUGUUCAGGUCUGCAUAUAUGUUGCCAAGAGCUAUGCAGUGGCCUCUCAGUUUGAAGGUUGCAGGGAAAAGAUUCAAGAAGUGUCUUCCAUCAUCAAAGAUCUCUGCAGAAUAUUGUAUUACAAGAACCUGACAAAGCUAUGCUGUGUUGUAUGUGAGAGUGUGAGUGCAUUCUGUGUGGACUUCUGGCUUCAAACCAACCUCCAUCAAGCUGGCAUACUCUGGCAUCUUCUUCUGUACCUCUUCAAUUAUGACUACACUCUAGAAGAGGGUGGUGUGCAGAAGAGUGGGGAGAGCAAUCAACAGGAAAUAGCAAAUGAAUUGGCUCGACUGAGUAUCCGAGCUUGUGCAAGGUUAGGUGGCUACUACAACAAUGAAAGUCCAUUGUCAAGUCCUGACAACCCAACCGUCAAGAAGUCACUUGGUGCUAUGUUGACACCCUACAUGGCCAGAAAAUUGUCCAAUGAACAGCCAGCAGAGAUACUGAAGAUUCUCAACAGUAACACUGAGAAUCCCUAUCUUAUCUGGGACAAUGCCACACGUGCACAGUUGAGUGAGUACCUGGCUGACCAACAACAAAUGAUGAUCAAAACUGGAGAAUGUGACAGCAGCUAUGGAGCCAACUUUGUGUUUGAUAUUUAUGCGAAGGAACUGAUUGUUGGAGAAAUAUUUGUGAGAGUGUACAAUGAACAGCCAACAUUUCUACUAGAGAAUGCAAAGGGAUUCACCAUUGAUUUAUUAGAUUACUUGGGAUCACAGGCUCAAUAUUUACAUUCCCUAAUGAUGCUUCAACAACAGAAAAAAGCAUCAACACAGUCGGAUCAGGGAGGUAGAUUGGGCAAGGUAGAAAUGGCCCUGGAAGCUCUGCGGAAUGUUAUCAAGAACAACCCAGGUGUUGAAAUUCAGUGUAUCGGACACUUCAAACUUCUGUUUGCCCUGCUUCGUCUAGAUGACUGUGCAAAAUUGCAGCAAUUUGCUCUUGAGGUGAUCAAUUGUGUGACUGGUUGCCAAGAGUGUGUAAAUGACAUUGCAGCAGCAGAGGUGCUGUCCUACCUCCUCCUUACUCUACAGAGCAUACCGCAGUGUCGUUUAUUGACCCUGGAGAGCCUGUUUGCCCUAAUGUCAAGCACAAAGGUAGUGAAGGAAUCCAUGACCAAGGGAGCCCUUAUCUAUCUUCUUGAUCUCUUCUGUAAUGCCACACAUCCACAGAUUCGUGAAAAAACUGCAGAGCUGUUUGCAAAGAUGUUAGCAGACAAACUGAUUGGGCCGAAGGUCCGUAUUAUUCUGAACAAGUUCCUUCCUGCAAUAUUCAUGGAUGCCAUGCGGGAUUCACCUGAAGCUAGUGUCCACAUGUUUGAAGGUUCUCAUGAAAACCCAGAAUUGAUUUGGAAUGAUGAGGCAAGGGAGAAAGUGUCUGAUACAGUGCUCAAACUCAAGGAUGGGCAUUACAAAGCCUCCAAAGAGAAAGAUGCAGACACAAAAUGGAACUUGAAAGAGGACUUUGCAGUGGUUUAUACAGAUGUUGAGGGGGAGCUCAUUGUCGGUGGAGUGAUUCUUCGACUCUUCAUCGCCAAUCCAGCAUGGGUAUUACAUUCGACCAAAGAGUUCUUGACAGAACUCCUGGAAAAGUGGACACAGUUAACGGACAUGACUAACCCUAAUGUGAGUUGA